AUGCGACCGGUCAUCUUUUUUGGCCGGUUCUGCAUUCGCCGGAGUUCUCCUCGGUCUACCAAAUCUGCGACCAACCUUGGACGAUGGCAUUCGACAUUUCGAUCUCAAUUCUUAGGACAAUCACCAUGGCGAAAUCCUCGAUUAAAAACAAGAUUAUUAGGAGCUUCAGCUAAUAUUGCCCUCGGGACUGUGGCCUUUGUCUCACUAUCUGAGAAAGACAAUGAAGAUACGGAACAAACGGCUGAAGGUCGUAUGCUCAAAGUAUCACGAGAGGAACUAAGAAAAAAGGUCAGUGAAGAUGAAGAAGGUAUAUACCGGCUCGGCCACAAAUUGGUCCUCCUUUUCGACUUCUAUUUUUGGGAACCUCUCUGUACCGGCGUCAGGUUCGUCGAACUUGUGUUCAUAUUCAUACCUGUCAUAUUUGCUGUCCCAGCCGUAUGGAUUGGAAGUCGCCAGCCGGACCGCGAUCACGAGAGAUCUGGUACCCUCUGGUGGUAUCAUUUCUUGGUGAAAAGCAUGGAAAGGGCUGGUCCGGCAUUCAUUAAGCUCGGUCAAUGGGCAGCCUCGAGAACCGAUAUUUUCCCUACCGAAAUGUGCGAUAUAAUGUCGAAACUUCAUUCCCAUGCGCCCGCCCACUCUUUAGAAGCGACGAUGCGAAUAGUCGAAAAGGCGUUCGACGGCCGGAGAUUCCAAGAAAUAUUUGAAGAGUUCGAGGAGACACCUCUAGGCGUCGGCGCUAUCGCGCAGGUAUACAAAGCGAAAUUGAAGCCAGAUCUUGCAGCCCCAGGCGACGUUGAUGUCUUGGAAAGUCGUAGUAAUCUUCGGCGGAAUGUACGGCGGAAAGUGGAUACUGUGCUCAAGAGCAUGCCCAAGAGGGUUCCAUCGUCUUAUGUUGCCGUCAAGGUUUUGCACCCACGAGUCGAGCGAACGGUUAGACGCGAUCUUCGUAUCAUGGUAUUUUUCGCUUCAGUACUCAAUAUUAUACCUACUAUCGAGUGGCUGUCACUCCCCGAUGAGGUCACCCAGUUUGGGGAGAUGAUGAAAUUACAGCUUGAUCUGCGAAUCGAGGCCGCCAACUUAGCCAAGUUUCGAAGAAAUUUCAAAGACCGUACCACCGCAUGGUUCCCAUUCCCAUAUCUAGAGUUCACGACUCGGGAAGUCUUAAUUGAGGAGUUUGCGCAGGGUAUACCGCUAGCGGACUUCCUAGAGAAUGGAGGUGGGGUUUUCCAACGAGACAUCUCCCAGGAAGGUCUGGAUGCAUUCUUGCGCAUGCUGCUUAUCGACAAUUUCGUGCAUGCGGAUUUACAUCCAGGGAACAUUAUGGUGCGCUUUUAUCAAGCGUAUCAACCAGAUUUGAGUCUACGCAACUCAUCUAACGGCCAAAAACCGCACCCCAAGGACCAGGCCGAUGUUACGGAGCAAGUGCUUGCGCGACUCCGUCCAUUCCGCAAGAGGAAAGAUCCCGCAGCUUGGGAGGCGGAAUUGAAGAAGAUUGACCAGGAAGGCUUCAGACCUCAGUUGAUUUUUAUUGAUACUGGUCUGGUUACAGAGCUUAAUGCCACAAACCGUCAAAACUUCCUAGAUCUCUUCCGUGCUGUUGCUGAGUUCGACGGGUAUAAGGCUGGUCAUUUAAUGUGCGAGCGCUGCCGACAGCCCGACGCUGUCAUCGACAAAGAAGUAUUUGCUUUAAAGAUGCAACAUCUCGUCCUAAAUGUUAAGAGUUCUACACUCGCUUUGGGCAAUGUCAAGAUUGGGGACAUUUUGCAGCGGGUCCUUGAUAUGGUUAGACAACACCACGUGAGGCUAGAGGGCGAUUUUGUCAAUGUCGUAAUCAGCAUUUUACUUCUCGAAGGUAUCGGUCGCAGCCUUGAUCCCAAUGUGGAUCUACUCAGCAGUUCGUUACCAAUUCUCAGGCAAUUGGGUGCACAAAGCGGAGCCGAGAUGAUGAAGGGCGGUGAUUUCUCCAUGUUCUUCGUUUGGGCAGGAUUAGAAGCGAGGAGAUUCAUGAAAGCCAGCAUUGAAGAUGUGGAGAGAUGUGUUAAAUACGAUUUGUUAUCACCAAAUGUCUAA